UAUCUCGGUGACUUGACUACUACACAGCUUGUAUUUUGAUUACCGUGUCAUUGUAAUAUUAAUUUACAAAUUUAAUCUAAACUCUUCAUGGAAUUAUUUUGACACAAGGAAGUAUAUGUUAUGGAUAAGAAAUCAAAAUGACGGUUGAUUUUAAUGAUUAUUUUUGGGGUGAAAAAUAUAAUGGGUACGAAGUGCUAUAUCAAAAUAUGAAAAAUGGGUUAGCUGCUAGCAAAGAACUGUCAGAUUUCUUGCGAGAAAGGUCAAGUAUAGAAGAAACCAAUUCUAAAUUAGUUAGUAAAUUAGCAAAACAAGUAGGAUGCAGCAGUAUUGGCACAUUUGCCCCAGUGUGGGAUGUGGCUAAAGUUUCAGCGGAAAGACUUUCUAGUUUGCACUUGGACAUGGUGCAGAAAAUUACUGACUUAGUUAAAGAUGUUAAUAAAUAUGCUGAAGAACUACAUAAAAAACAUAAGUCUGUUAAAGAGGAGGAAUCUGGCACUGUUGAUAUAGUACAGGUUAUGCAAACAACAACCCAGUCAUUGCAAAAGGCUAAAGAAUCAUACACAAGUAAAGCACUAGAAUUAGAGCGUCUUAAAAAAGAUAAUGCCUCCGUAAGAGAUAUUGAAAAAGCUGAAUUGAAAUUGAAAAAAACCUGUGAUGAUUAUAAAAUGAUAAUGGAGAAAUAUGUUCCUAUAAAAAAAGAUUUUGAAAAGAAAAUGACAAUAGCUUGCAGGCAUUUUCAAGAAGUAGAAGAAAUGCAUUUAAAGAAAAUGAAAGAUUUUUUAAUGAGUUAUGCAGAACUUGUUCAAAGUAACCAUGAAUCCAUUGGGCAAGUUCACUCUGAGUUUAAACGAAAGUGUAUUGAAUUAACCGUGGAUAAAUUACUAGAACAAUUUGUAUUAAAAAAAUACACUGGAUUAGAAAAACCAAGUGCCAUUGAAGCAGAUCAACUAAGUUUGAAUUUGCCCACUUCUGUCGCCUUAUCAACUGAAAAUGAAUGCGAAACAACAAAUGUUUCAAAUGGAACAAGUAUUGAUAGUACGCUCGGAGCAAAACCGAGCAAGAAAGAAGGUAACCAGGAAACCUCAAUAAAUGCGUCAAGUGUUAUAUUGGAUAAACCUCAAAGAGCAUCUAGCAAACCAUCCCGCCGCACUAGCUCCCUUCUCAACCUCUUCAUGCCUCAAUCCCAGGGGUUUCUAAAAAGUCGCAGGGAUAAAGCAAAAUCUAAAAAGGCUAAAAAGAAAAAAGAUACUGAAAUUACCAGUAAUAAAGAAAAAUCAGAUAACGAAGAGAAAGAAGAAACGGAGAAAAAAAUUGAAACAAAUGCUCCAGAAGUUGAUGAAGAUGGAUUUUGCAUUCGACCAAAACUUGAACGUUGGGAAAAUGAUAAAGGAAGCUUUUAUUCAAGUUCUGACAUGGAUUCUGAUGAAGAACGUGAGCACAAACUACACGUAGAAAUAAAACCAUUAACAAAUGGAUCAGCACCAAUGUCUGCAAGUGUGGAUGAGUUACGUGCAACUGUUGAAACUUUGUCACUGUCUCCUCUUGGAACACUGCCUGGUCGCAGAGGUUCUAAUUCAGAGAUGGAAAAUAAUAUGAAGCGUUCUCAAUCAGUUUCUCAGCAAAUAGGGUUAGCACAAGGAAAAUCUGGCAGUGAAUUGUUAGGUUUAAGUUUUUGCACAAGUCCAUCAGCAAGUGCUGGCGGCUCCACAGGUUCCACACCUACAAGUCAUCAUCACAAUCACCCAUAUGCACCUCUGCAAAGUCCAAGCGGAAAUCCUUCACAGACAACAACAAUACACAGUCCCACUCUGGGUAGCUCUACGAAUAGAUAUGCUGAUUUAGGUGAUAUUUUUUCUGAAGUUGGUGAAAUUACAAGUAAUAUUGGUACAAUGAAAUUGAGUAGACAAACAGCAUCUGCCAAUUCAACCGGCAGUAUAGCAUUGCCGAGGCCACCUUCUCGAAGAUCUGAGGCUGGAGCCAGAGGUCGCAUUAGCCCCUCUAAUGUAAAUAUGUCUCGCACGGACAGUCUUAGCAGUGUGGGGGGUUCUGGUAUUGAGUUCAGAGCGAGUUUCGGCUCUUCUCGAGGACCCUCACCUCUUACAAUUGGCAUGGCAGACACCAUACCAUUAGCAGUUGCAUUUCAUGAAAUAGUUCAUGCAUAUUUUAGAGGGACUGAUGAAACAAUGUGCAAAGUGAAAAUGUCAGGUGAUAUGAUGCUGUCAUUUCCAUCUGGAAUAGUUAAUGUUUUUGCCAAUAAUCCUAAUCCAUCAAAAUUGUGGUUUAGGAUAAGGAAUUCACAAAAACUCGAAAAUAUUUUGCCAAACAACCAACUUGUUUCUAUUGAUGUUCUACAAUCUACACCUGAUAACAUAAUAUUAGAAUUCAACAUGCCUGCCUUAACUGCAUUAUUACGACGCCAGUCAGAACAAAAUCCUACUGCAGCUUAUUUCAAUGUUGAUAUUUUGAAAUAUCAAAUUAAAACUAAACCAGGUGCUGGUUCUUGCCCCUUCCAAUUGGUAUCAUAUUGGAAAUGUGAACAAAACCAUACGGAUUUGAAAAUUGAUUAUAAAUAUAACUUGCACGCCAUGAGCAGUCCUUCUCCAUUGCUGAACGUCUCAGUUGCAGUUCCAGUUGAUGGUGGAGUAACAGAUUUGCACUCAAUGCCAUCAGCUAUUUGGAUAUCAGAAAACAAUACGUGCCUAUGGAAAUUUACAGAACUUUCACAACACUCAGAGAACAAAGGAGUUGGAUCAUUGAGAGCCAGGAUGGAAAUUUCAAAUGGUCCAAGCACACCUGCCACUAUAAGAACACAGUUUAAUUGUGAAGGAACAACUUUAUCUGGAAUGGAGUUUGAAUUACUUGGAUCAGGAUAUAGAUUGUCACUUGUUAAACGUAGAUUUGUUUCAGGAAAAUAUAUUUGUGAUGGAGAUAAGCAUAUAAAUUUAUCUGCCUCUUGCCCAAUCUCACCUCCUGUGCAAAGUCCUGAUUCAACCACUAGUCCUCGAAAUGCUUCAGCAGCCAGCUAAUCAAUUGCUUUCAGUGAAUGUCUCAAUUUCCAUAUUGGUUAGUAUUGUUUUUGCAACAGUAUUUUGUUUUAAAAUUAUUGAUGCAUAAGUUUCUCAUCUGAAUUUUGCAAGUGAAGAUAACUCUUUAUUAUCAUAGGUUAUAUAACUGAAAUUUCAACCAAAAUUACCAAACUUUUGCUAGUUUUGAUUGAAGCAAAUCGGAGUGUAGAAUUGAAAAUAAUUUUGAAAUUAAUUAAA